AGAAGAUGUCGCACAAAACAACAACGAGUGCCGGGGCGCUCUUGCAGCGUCGCAACGUGUGGGUCGCGUCCCUGAAGGCAAACCUCCCCCAAUUCACCGAUUCCACUGCGUCUCCGCUGCAAAACAGCCGUCGCACCACCGUAUUUGGCCAAGGCGAGCGACGCCUUCUCGAUGAUGCGGUGGGGACCUCGUUGCUUCUCCUCCCGUCUGGAUGGAAGGAGCAGGCAACUCGCCGUCUUGCGCGGACGCUGCACGGUGUUGUGGAGCCGCCGUUGCUGCGCCAAACCGAUUACUUUCUCUGCUCGUUGAUCCAUCCCACGUACGUGCAAGCGGCUACGAUCCAGUGCGAAGGUGAGGCUAAGCAGCGCAAGCUGCAGCAGCAGCUUCGGCGUACGGUGUGCAUGCCGCUGGAGCUCACAAUGGCUGGAUCGAAGAGCCUUCGCUUGAUGCAUGAAGUGAAUGGCUUUGCAAGCGCAGGCUCAAAGACCACCGCAUCUGCUCGCCUCACCACCGGGGCCUCCUCGUCGUUUCAGCUGGACGCUCCAUGGCCUGAGCUAAAGAUGGCGGAUACGCGCGCCUUCCUCGCAUCCUUCCGUGAGUCUGAGUUGGAGUCGCUUGUGCUCUACGACAAGAAGGUUUUCUCACCUACACCGUCCGCCCCUUCUGCUGAGAAGUGUGCUGUCACGCCAAGUGAGGUUUCCCUAGCUGCUUUCACGGCCUUGUGUGGAUCCAUCGAACUCGUUUGUGGUUGGGCAAGCCUCGUACACUAUCUGGAUCGAGUCGCACGCGAGCACGGCAGGAUACGCACAUGA